CUCGACCAGGCCCCCACCAAAGCUCACGUGCAAUCCCCUCCUACCCAAAGCUUCUGUCCAAGCCUUACCCGUACAAUCUACCUUGCAAUUCAAUUCAUUUCAUGAUAUUCCAAAUCCAGCCACGUUGAUUGAACAUGUCACAUGGGUCCAAUGAUACCAAGGCGGAAGCGCCAGGAGCGCUAGGGGAAGCCCAGCUGCUUGAAAUCUACGAUUUUGCACUUGAUCUGGGGCGACGUGCGGGGAAGAUCCUACUCGAUGGCGUUGAUCAAAGGUGCGGGGAUGAAGAGGGGAGAGGCCAGAAUGAAGUGGAUAAGAUGAACGCCGUGGAUAUAGUAACACAGACUGAUCUUGACGUCGAGGCUUUUGUUAAGAAUGAGAUAACUGCGAGGUAUCCAAGUCACAACUUCAUCGGCGAAGAAACAUAUAGCACGGGCAACUCUAAAGAAUACCUCGUCACCGACUCACCAACAUGGAUCGUCGACCCCCUAGAUGGGACCGUGAAUUACACGCACCUAUUCCCGAUGUUCUGUGUGUCUAUUGCCUUCUGCAUAUCGGGCGUUCCAGUUAUUGGUAUCAUCUACGCCCCUAUACUCGAUGUAACAUACUCUGCUCUCACCGGGCACGGAGCCUGGCUCAACGAUUCCACCCCCUCGUCGCCGGCACCGAGUCAUAAGAGAAGACAGCAGCUACCUCUAGUGAGGAAUCCGAUUCCAGUAUUACCGGAGGCAGCACCAAAGGGCUGCGUCUUCAGUUGCGAAUGGGGCAAGGAUAGGAGAGAUGUGAAAGACGGGAAUAUGUGGAGGAAAGUGGAAAGCUUCUUGACCAUGGCAGCAGAGAGCUCUGGCAGGGAUGGGAAAGGUGGGAUGGUGCAUGGCGUUCGCAGCCUGGGCAGCGCAACUAUGGACUUAGCAUACGUUGCCACAGGAGCAUUCGAUAUUUGGUGGGAGGGUGGGUGCUGGGAAUGGGACGUGGCAGCUGGUAUCUGCAUCUUACGAGAAGCGGGUGGCCUUAUUACAACUGCGAAUCCUCCUUCAGAUAUUGAUACAGAUCCCAUCGAAGAAGUACGACUAGGGAGCAGAUUAUAUUUAGCCAUCAGGGCCGCCGGAGACAGUGCCACCGAGACGGGACGACAAGCGCAGGAACGUGUAGUGCGGGAGACAUGGAAGAGGGUGUAUAACUUAGACUAUUCUCGCCCAGGAGCCUAAACAUGAGUAAUUUAAUUGAAACGAU